AUGCAACAAGUAGAAUCAACAAUGGAUGCGGAUCAGGAGCUAUCCAGGCUUGGAUAUCGCAACGACUUCAAGAGGUCUCUCUCAAUAUGGACCAUCCUUAGCUUGUCUGUAGCCAUCAUGGCAGUUCCCUUCGGCUUAUCCACUACCCUUUACAUCACCUUGAUCAACGGCCAGGGCGUUACGGUUAUAUGGGGCUGGGUUUUCAUCACACUAGUCUCUCUAUGUAUUGCAGCUUCCAUGGCCGAGAUAUGCGCUGUCUACCCCGUCGCAGGAGGACCUUACUUUUGGUCUGCCAUGUUAUCACCUCCACAAUUCGCCCCGAUCGCGGCUUGGGUCACCGGCUGGUUGAACCUCGUGGAUAACUGGCUGGUAAUGGUCAGCAUCAACUUCUCCGGCUCGCAGAUCGUGCUCUCGGCAGCUACACUAUUUCACGAAGAUUACGUCCCUACUGCCUGGCAGACGGUUGUCGUUUUCUGGGCCUUCAUCUCUUUCUCAACGGUCAUCAACAUAUUCGGCACGAGGUAUCUAAAUAUCAUCAACACCGCAUGCAUCGCGUGGACCUCGGCUUCGAUUGUUAUUUUCAUGGCCGUGUUAUUGGCUACAUGCGGCAAGAUGCGCUCCGGUGCUUUUGUGUUUGCUAAUUAUGACACCUCGGCCAGUGGAUGGCCUACCGGGUGGUCCUUUUUCAUCGGCUUGUUGCAAGGCGCCUAUGUGAUGCUCGGUUACGGCCUUAUCUCGGCACUCUGCGAAGAAGCGAGAAACCAUGCCAAGGAGGUCCCUCGCGCUAUCGUCACCUCGGUCUUGGUCGCCGGCGUGCUAGGUGCCGCCUUUCUCAUCCCCGUAAUGUUCACAUUACCCGAGAUCGAGGUGCUGCUUGCAGUGGCAAGCGGCCAGCCGAUUGGUCUGCUAUUCAAGCUGGUCACAGGCUCUAGUGCCGGUGCUAUGGGGCUGCUAAUCCUUAUCAUUGGGAUAUUUUGCUUCUCCAGCAUCGGCUCCGCUACCGUUGCCAGUCGCUUCACCUACGCAUUUUCGCGUGACGGGGCCGUACCAGGCCACAAGAUUUGGUCGCGUGUCAACCAACGUCUUGGGGUGCCGGUGCAGGCAACGUUACUCGGUGCCGCUGUGAGUUUCUGCAUGGGUCCCAUCUACUUUGGUUCCUCCGCCGCAUUCAACUCGUUUACUGGCACCGCCACCAUCUGCUUAUCGACAUCGUAUGGCGUGCCGAUCUUCAUCAGCCUGCUGCGGCGACGUAGAGAUGUCGAAAACUCCCUCUACUCGCUGAAGCCGGUUGGCACCAUCAUCAAUGCUAUUUCCGUCACGUGGGUCAUCUUCUCAACCGCCCUCUUCUGCUUGCCGGUGGCACUUCCGGCCACGGCCUCGACCAUGAACUACGCCAGCGUCGUUUUCACUGGCUUCGGUAUUAUCAGUAUCAUCUGGUACAUAGUGUACGGUCGCAAACAUUUCUCAGGUCCCAUGGCAGCUGUUGACAAGAGCAUCGAGGGUCAGAUCGUGGAGGUCAUGGAACGAGAGGUGCCAGCCCAUGCCAAGAAGCAUGAGGCCUAA